CAAUAGAGUGAGUCAAAUGCCGUUGAGUUGUAUUUGUUUUGAGCGUCAAGUGUUGCACCACAUCAUCACUAAUACAUCACUUAAUACUAGUGUUUGACUAAUUGUCACACAAUUUAAGCCACAUUUGUAUUGUCUUUAAAGACAGUCAUCGAUGUAUUGAUGAUAUUCUUGGUGUUGAAGUCAUUAGAAGAGGCAUCCGAAGAGCGACAGCACUCGUCAUCACAAAUGUUGACUAAAUUUGAGACAAAGUCCGCGCGCGUCAAAGGGGUUGCAUUUCAUCCAAAGAGACCGUGGGUUUUGGCCAGUCUUCACAACGGAUUGAUUCAGUUAUGGGACUAUCGGGUUUGCACUUUGAUUGAUAAGUUUGAUGAACACGAGGGACCCGUCAGAGGCGUCUACUUUCAUAGUCAACAACCAUUGUUGGUCUCCGGCGGCGAUGAUUAUAAAAUUAAGGUGUGGAACUAUAAGACCCGUCGGUGUAUAUUUACAUUAUUAGGACACUUGGACUACAUCCGCACCACUCAGUUUCAUCACGAGUAUCCGUGGAUUCUCAGCUGUUCCGAUGACCAAACAAUUCGUAUCUGGAACUGGCAGUCGAGGACUUGUAUCUGUGUUUUAACUGGACAUAACCAUUAUGUUAUGAGUGCACAAUUCCAUCCGAGUGAUGAUCUGGUAGUUACCGCUUCAUUGGACCAAACAGUGAGAGUUUGGGAUAUCUCAGGUUUGCGUAAGAAAAAUGUUGCUCCCGGUCCAGGAGGUCUUGAUGAUCACAUGAGAAAUCCCAGCCAUACAGAUCUUUUUGGUACUUCAGAUGCAAUUGUUAAGCACGUACUCGAAGGACAUGAUCGAGGAGUCAAUUGGGCCGCAUUUCAUCACUCGAUGCCGCUUAUAGUUUCGGGUGCUGACGACCGACUUAUUAAAUUGUGGCGAAUGAAUGAUUCAAAGGCCUGGGAAGUGGACACAUGUCGCGGUCAUUAUAACAACGUUUCGUGCGCUAUAUUUCAUCCCAAACAAGAUCUUAUACUCAGUAACUCAGAGGACAAGAGUAUUCGCGUUUGGGAUUUGACUAAAAGGACGUGUCUUAAUACGUUUAGGCGAGAGAACGACCGUUUCUGGAUUAUGGUCGCACAUCCGACACAAAAUUUGUUUGCUGCCGGACAUGACGGGGGAAUGAUUGUCUUUAAACUAGAGCGCGAAAGACCUGCUUUUGCUAUUGAAGGCAAUCUUUUGUAUUACGUUAAGGAAAACUUUUUGCGUAGACUUGACUUUACAACGGCUAAAGACAUACCUUUAAUGCAAUUAAGAAAUCGCGGCCGAAAUCCAGUCUAUUCAAUGAGUUAUAACCCGGCAGCCAAUGCCGUCUUAUUAACCACAAGAACAUCAAAUUUGGAGAAUAGUAUUUAUGAUUUAUAUGUUGUCCCGAAAGACAGUGAUGGACACAGUCCUGAAUCACCUGAAUCUAAGAGAGCGUCGGGUUUGACGGCUGUUUGGAUUGCAAGAGACAAGUUUGCUGUCUUAGACCGAACCCAUUCCAUUGUGAUUAAGAACUUGAAGAAUGAAGUGACUAAAAAGCUAUCGACUCCGGCAUGCGAUGAGAUAUUCUAUGCGGGAACUCGUAUGUUGUUAUUAAGAGAUGUCGAGGGACUCAUACUCUAUGACGUACAACAGAGCCGAUCAUUAGCCACUGUUAAGACACCGAAAGUUAAAUUUGUUGUUUGGAAUAAAGAUAUGACUCAUGUGGCCGUCUUAAGCAAACAUCAAAUAACUAUUUGCAACAGAAGAAUGGAUGUUUUGUCAACCAUUACUGAGACAACAAAAGUAAAGUCUGGAUCGUGGGAUGAUUCUGGUGUCUUCAUAUACACCAUUUCCAAUCACAUCAAAUAUGCUCUGACUAAUGGCGACUAUGGAAUUAUCCGAACUCUAGAUCUUCCUAUUUAUAUCACACGUAUUCGAAACAAUUCAGUCUAUUGUUUGGACAGAGAGGCAAAACCCAAAGUGAUGACAAUUGAUCCAACAGAAUAUCGAUUUAAGUUAGCUCUUGUGAAUCGCAAAUAUGAUGAAGUCUUACUUAUGGUUAGAAAUGCUAAACUUGUUGGUCAGUCUAUCAUUGCUUACUUACAGAAGAAGGGCUAUCCAGAAGUAGCGCUUCAUUUUGUAAAAGACCAGAAAACUCGAUUUGCUUUAGCUUUAGAAUGUGGUAACAUUGAGAUAGCCUUAGAGGCCGCACGAAGUCUCGACGACAAGACUUGUUGGGAACGUUUGGCCGAAGCAGCACUACUUCAGGGUAACCAUCAAGUCGUGGAAAUGGCAUAUCAAAGAACUAAAAACUUCGAUAAAUUGGCUUUUCUUUAUGUUGUGACCGGAAAUUUGGAGAAAUUAAGAAAAAUGAUGAAAAUUGCAGAAAUAAGAAAAGACACGUCAGGACAGUUCCAAAUCGCACUCUUUUUAGGUGAUGUUGACGAACGCAUCAAAAUACUUCGAAAUUGUGGACAAACAUCUUUGGCUUAUCUUUGCGCUGCUACUCAUGGUGUCCAAGAAGAGGCUGAUGAACUUAAAGAGUCAUUUGGAACUGAUAAACAAUUGCCAGUUCCUGAUCCUAACGCUGUUUUAUUACAACCUCAGCCACCAAUAGCUCCGUGUGAGGACAACUGGCCAUUAUUGACUGUUUCUCGUGGAUUCUUUGAAGGAGCAAUGGCUGCAAUAAAAGGUAAAUCUGGUAUCACUUCGGCUACUGAUAUCAUAGCUGACGAUGAAGACGCUGGAGGAUGGGGUGAUGAUGCAGAACUUGAAUUAGAUGAUGACGAAGGAGAGAACGGAAUUGUUAAGGAUGAUGAUGAAGAUGGAGGAGAAGGUGCCGGUUGGGAUGUCGAAGAUUUGGAUUUACCUGAAUUGGAAUCAACAGCUUCUGCUGGUGUUAGUGGUGGUGAUGACAAUUAUUUUGUUCCCCCAACAAAGGGUGUUCCCCCAACACGUCAUUGGAUAAACAAUUCAAAACUAGCAGUGGAUCAUGUAUUGUCGGGGUCAUUUGAAACUGCUUGUCGUUUACUCAAUGAUCAGGUUGGAGCCGUUAAUUUUGAAUCAUUAAAGCCUUUGAUGUUAACCAUAUAUUCGCGAUCGAGGACUGCAUAUCAAGGAUUAUCACAUUUAUCGACAAUGUAUUGCUAUCCGCAAAGGAAUUGGCGCGACGCCGGACCUAAAGGUGGUUUGCCUGCCAUUGGAUGCAAACUCCCAGAUCUUGUACAGCGCUUACAAACAUGUUAUCAAUUGACAACUGGCGGCAAAUUUCAAGAAGCCGUUGAAAAAUUUAGAGCACUUUUACUAAAUGUUUUGUUUUUGGUGGCCGACACCAAACAGGACAUUGCAGAAGCAGAACAGUUACUUGAAAUUUGUAAAGAGUAUACAUUAGGACUAAUGUUAGAAUUAGAGCGAAAAGGUUUACCUAAAGAUACAUUAGACCAACAAAAGAAAUCGUGUGAAAUGGCCGCUUAUUUUACUCAUUCAAAACUACAACCCGUUCAUCAAAUGCUUACUUUAAGAACGGCUUUGAAUUUGUUUUUUAAGUUAAAGAAUUAUCAAAUGGCCGCUUCUUUUGCCAGAAGAUUGUUAGAAUUGGGUCCAAAAGCUGAUGUGUCGGCACAAACUAGAAAAAUACUUCAGGCGUGCGAUAAAACUCCGAUCGAUGAACACAAACUCAAUUAUGAUGAACACAACCCUUUCAAUAUAUGUGCGGCCAGUUAUAGACCCAUUUAUAGAGGAAAACCUGAAGACAAAUGUCCGUUAUGUCAGUCUUCAUAUAUGCCUCAAUAUAAGGGAACUCUUUGUGUAGUCUGUAAUGUAGCACAAGUAGGCAAAGAUACCAUUGGACUCAGGCUUAGUCCACUACAGUUCAGAUAAACUAA